CAGCGUGCACUGGUGUUUGUGUUAGCCUCAGCUUCAUACAUGUCUCCCUUAUCGUGUUGUCUGCGCUCUGAAGUGUGACCCGCGGAUGUUCAUGAGGCGGCCCGUCCUCUGACAAGACCCGGCUCAUGCCCUCACCUCGGCGGGACACUCCGGAGAGAGACACCGCUGAAAAGAAGCGCAUUUACCCGGGGAAAGUGAGGCGAGGACGGGGCUAGCUGCAGCUGUUAGCAUCUUUCUGCAGAGCUCAGGGCUGUGUCUAUGAGGAAGGGGGGGCGGGCUCCGAGCUGAGGAUGUACUCGCCCUCCAGGAAGGACUUCAUUGCGGUGACCCUGUCUGACGCCCACAGCCGUGCCUACAACAAUGGCAAGCACCGCAGGCAGUCGUGCUGGAGGAAGUGGAAGCAGCUGUCGCGUUUGCAGCGGAGCCUCGCCUUGGGUCUCCUGGCUCUGCUCUUGGUCAUCGGGCUGCUGUCUUACCCCAGCCUCUCACACCACUGGACAGAUAACACAGUUUCCUCUGACACAGACUGGCUGGACGUGAGCCACAGAGCCCUGGACCUCCCUCCUCCUCCUCCACCAGGGGUCAGACCCGUCGCGGGGCCCCAGGAGCCUCGUCUGCCUCUCGAGCCCCGCCCACCGCCUGAGCCACACCCGCCCCUGGAGCCCCACCCACCCCCAGAGCCACACCUAAUGCCUGACCAGGGUCCAGGGGUCAUCCCAGCUCCUCAAGGGCCCGGGAUAACAUUCCUCUCUGAACUGCCUCUGAAGAAAAAAAACGCUAAAAAAGUCCCUCUGAGUCUGCAGAAAGAGCUCAACUCCUCAGACACCGCAGGAGCAGAGAUGAAGAAGCGUGAGGAAGAGGAGGAGGAAAACACGGACAAGAAGAUGGUCAGCUGGAGGGGGGCCAUGAUUGAAGCCGACCAGGGAACCGACCCCCUCCCAUCAGCCAAUCAGAAAGAAGCCGCGCCCCCUCCAGACGUCUCCACGGACACCAGGGCCCUGCCAGCCCACUCAAGUGCGGCUCGUCAGGAGGCCGUGCGGGAGGCCUUCAGACAUGCCUGGAGGGGCUACAGAGAACACGCCUGGGGUCACGACGAGCUCAAACCUGUGUCCAAGUCCCACGCAGAGUGGUUUGGCCUGGGCCUCACCCUCAUCGACGCACUGGACACCAUGUGGAUCCUGGGACUCACUGAGGAGUUUGCCGAAGCCAGGGAGUGGGUGGAGAAGGAGCUGUCCUUUGAGAGAGACGUGGAUGUGAACCUGUUUGAGACCACCAUCAGGAUCCUGGGAGGCCUGCUGAGCACCUACCACCUCACCAAGGACCCACUCUUCCUGGACAAGGCUAAAGACCUGGGCUCUCGGCUCAUGCCCGCCUUCAGAACCCCGUCUAAGAUCCCGUUCUCAGACGUGAACCUGGGGAAGGGCACAGCUCACCCCCCUCGCUGGACCGCAGACAGCACCCUGGCAGAGGUCACCAGUGUGCAGCUGGAGUUCAGAGAGCUGAGUCGCCUCACCCAGGACCCCCAGUACCAGGACGUGGUGAACGAGGUGAUGAGGCUGGUGCACAAACUCCCAGGGAAACACGACGGCCUAGUGCCCAUGUUCAUCAACACCAACAGCGGACAGUUCUCCCAUAAAGGGGCCUUCACUCUAGGGGCCCGCGCAGACAGCUACUACGAGUACCUCCUCAAGCAGUGGAUCCAGGGGGGAAAGGUCGAGGAUGACCUGCUGGAGGACUACCUUCAGGCCAUAGAGGGCGUGAGGAAGCACCUGGUCCGACAGACUGGACCCAGCCGCCUGACGUUUGUAGGAGAACUCAGUCACAACCGCUUCAACGCAAAGAUGGACCACCUGGUGUGCUUCCUGCCUGGGACCCUGGCUCUGGGGGCCCAUCACGGCCUCACAGGGGCCCACAUGGAUCUGGCCCUGCAGCUGAUGGAGACGUGUCAUCAGAUGUAUGCUCAGAUGGAGACCGGCCUGAGCCCAGAGAUCGCUCACUUCAGCCUGCAGACUAGUUCUAGCUCUGAUGUGCUGGUCAAGCCUGCAGACAGACAUAACCUGCUGCGCCCAGAGACAGUGGAGAGUCUCUUCUACCUGUUUAGAUUCACCCAGGAGCCCAAGUACAGAGACUGGGGCUGGGACAUCCUGCAGAGCUUCAACAAGUACACCCGGGUCCCGGGUGGAGGAUACACGUCCAUCAACAACGUGCGUGACCCCGUGAACCCGGGUCCCAGGGACAAGAUGGAGAGUUUCUUUUUGGGAGAGACGCUCAAGUACCUGUUCCUGCUCUUUUCUGACGACAUGGACCUUCUCAGUCUGGACAAGGUGGUCUUCAACACAGAGGCCCACCCCCUGCCCAUCUGGACCCCUCCCCCCAAAUAACACAGAUGCCCUCCCACUGCCCACCCAUGAAGGAACAGUUUAAAGUGGGUUAGGGUUAAACACAUGAACUCCUCCCACAACCACAUUUUAAACGGAGCUGUUAAACUGGACAGUACUUGGAGGACUAAAGAACCAAGUGAAGAGGAGGCGCAGCGUCUGGACAUAUGAAGGUUGGUCUAACAGGUAUCCACACUUCAAACUCCGCCCCUGCAGCCACGUGAAAAUCAGAAAUCAGAAACGCCUGGCUUUAAUUGGGGCGGUCCUGUGGGAUGUCACUUGGAGUUGCAGUGGCCACCAGAGGCAGCACAGACUCGUUUUUUGACUGUUUUUGAACAUAAAGCUGCAAAAGUAACGUUGCCAAAAAUGACUAUGACCAGUAGAUUUUUAUUUUUUUAUUUUUAUUUAACCUUUAUUUAACCAGGAAGGUCCCAUUGAGAUUAAAAACCUCUUUUUCAAGGGAGUCCUGGCCAAGAGGCAGCACAUUUCAAAACAAGUACAUACAAACAAACAAUGUUAAAAUUGCAUAGAUCAUGAAAAACAGUUGCACAUAAAAUAGAUGAUGCUAUUCAAACUCCAUAUACACAGUUUGGUACCAAAACAAGUGGAUUUAGUGUUUAGUUCCACCUCUGGAGUACUGUGGAGCUUUAUUUAUCGACGGAGGAGUCUUUGAAAGCUAAUGAUGUACUUAAGUUGCUUUGUUCACUACGAAAUGGCUUGAAGCUUCCACUCGCCUGUGUUUUUCACGACUGAAGCCUGUGAGGCAGCGAACUGUUGGAUAUGUCCAUCACGUGUUUUGUUUCUGCUUGUUCUCUUCAUGAAGAAUGUUCUAGAGCUGGUCUCUGGACUAACGAACUCAGACUGCUUUAGCUGUGAAGGGAAAUGAAGAAAAUGUAAGUCUUUAUUUAUUUGUUGGUGGAGGGUUUGAGAUUUUAAGUACUGUACCGUCAUUGUUUUGCUAAUUGAGUGGCCUGAUGGCACAUUUUAUUUAAAGGAGACAUGUAGGGCGAAGGCAAUUUUUCAACCAUGUUAUUAUUUACCCUCUGAAGUUGUAUUUGGAAUGAUUCAUGCACGUUGGAGUAAUCUUUAUUCUCCUGUAUUCAAGAUGCCAUCGCUCCGAUCAACUCCUGUUUUCACCACUGUUACACGCCCACUGCUCUGCACUUACUACUUUGUCCAAUUUUAUUUUCUUAAUCGGUGAUACACGUAGGAUUCGCCAGCUUUUCUUAGCCAUUUUGGAAUAAAUGAAGACAAAAAUCCACUGCUCGUUAGCGUGAUCUGCUGCUAUCUGUACGAAGGGCCAACAGCACGCAGCACUUUGUUGUGAUGUUUGCUUCGAAGUCGACUUUCGCCAUUCAACUCGUUUUGGAUGAAUAUUGCGAUUCAAAAUGUCCAAAUUAUAACAAAAUGAUUCAGAAGGUGGCAUCGAUUAUAACUCGUAUAAAGCAGACACAAGCACAAUGUUUCUUUUAAGCACGUGAAUACCA